AUGGAAUAUGAGAAUGAAAUGGCAGAAGUAGAUGAGUCCAUAAGAAUUGGAGACUAUAGAUUCCCAAAAGUACUAAGAGAACACGUGGACCUGUUGAUGGAAGGGAAAAGGAAGAUAAUACCAAAGCAGGAACCUCUGAUAACCGAGGGAAAAGUCUUAGCUUGCCUAAGUAAGCUCAAAGCAAAAAAAGCCACAGGCCCAGAUGGAAUCAAACCAGAGCUUUACAAAGUAUUAAUGAAGAGAAAAGCCUGUAUAGAAGUAUUAGUUAGAUGCUACAACAAGGAGCUAGAAAUAAAAGGAAAGCCUGAAUCUUGGAAGAAAUCGAGAACGAAAAUGAUAGGAAAGAAAAGGAAACCAAGGGCCAAGGAUCUAAGGCCAAUAAAUUUAUUAAAUAUAUUAUACAAAGUAUUCAUGGUGCUGAUAAAUGAUGAAAUAGAAGCACGCCACAGACUAAAUGAAGAAGAUCACGAAUGCCAAGCAAGAUUCACAGGAGGGAGUAGGAUUGAAGAUAAUAUCCUUACACUACAAUAUUUGUAG